AUGUCGACAACAAGUCACUUCAGUGAUGAAAGUCUGCAUGAUGAUAAUUUAUUUGCAGAACAUCCGAUGGGAAUUUAUGAUCAAGAAGAAAAUCUUUACAAACACCAGCAACAAAUCUAUCGACCACUGAAGAAACUUUCCUCCACACAAUUAUCCACAGUUUACCUUUGUGAGAAUUCUAAUGGAAAACUUGUUGUAUUAAAAGUUGCAUCCUAUGAAAAUGAACAAGAUACCAUCGAGUGGAAUCCGAAAUUAGUUGAAGAAUCGAAUAGACUACAUACACAAUAUCUACUUUAUAUUCUGGAUGUUUUUACAGUGGAAAAAACCAAUGGGAAAUAUUUGUGUGUAGUUUCCGAAUAUUGUGAGAAUGGGAGUUUAGCAACAAGUAUUGAUGCUUUGCGUAAAUCAAUGAAUGUUUCGUUAUUCCUUCAGAUAUUAUUUCAAAUGUUGCGUGCUUUGGAUGCUCUUCAUUUUGGUCUGUUUGUUCAUGCUGAUGUGAAGUUGGAUAAUAUAUUUGUGAGGAAAUUUGAUAGAAAUAGAGUAUUUGUGGUAUUGGGAGAUUUGGGUUUAAGUUCCAAGAUGGAUUUUACUGAGGAGGAAUUGUCUCAAAAUUGUAUUGAUGUAGAUAAUGAACUGACAACAGUCACUACAGGAGAAAUUGGAACCUUUUCGUAUAGAGAUCCAAUAAUAAUGAAACGAAGAAAAGUGUAUUUCAAAAGUGAUAUUUGGAGUUUAGGAAUAACUUUAUUGAAAUUGAUAUCAAGAGACGAAAUGCCCAAUUUUGAAUCGACAACAACAGAAGAAAGACUCAACACCAUUCGACAAAUAUUUUCCCAUUUUGAGACUGAAAAAAAAGAAUGGGAAGUUUGUCAGAAUAUUAUUGAACGAAUGUUAGUGGAAGAUGUUACAGAGAGAGCAACUAUUUCAGAAAUUCGUUUAAUGAUUUAUUCUACAACUAUUGAUGACUCAUCAUUUGAAAACAAUUACCAACAUUUAAGGGAGGAAUUCAAAUACAACAGAUCUGUAAUUAUUAGCUGUCUAAAUGCAAAGGGAAGCAUUUUACAACAUGUACCUGAUGCAUUUCAUUUCAACAGAAAAAUUGUAAUGGAAGCAAUUCACAAUAAUCCAAGCGCUUACCAAUACAUCAAAGGAUACUUGAAAUACCAACCAUAUAUUGUAAACGCAGUUAUAGAAAGAGAUCCAUCUGUUCAAGUACCAGUUCAUUUGGUAAAAGCUCCUUCACAUUACGUUGCUAAUAGCAUUAUCAUUGAGCUUUCGGAACAAGAGAAGAAUGACAAAGGGUUAUUUAUGGAAAUUCUUGAAAGAGAUGGUACGAGUUUAAAAGAUGCCUCUUGGGAAUUGAAAAAUGAUAGAGAUUGUGUUAUAAAAAGCGUAACACAGAGAGGAAUUUCAUUACAGUUUGCCUCAACUGAUUUACGAAAUGAUGGAGAAAUUGUGAGAAUAGCUAUUUCACAAAAUGGAAUGGCCUUAGAGUACGCUCAUCCAUUAUUAAGACAAAGAGAAGAUAUUGUGAUGAAAGCUGUUUCACAAAAUGGAUUGGCACUUCAAUUUGCUUCAAUAGAAAUGAGAAAUAAUCAAAGAGUUGUGGAAAGGGCUGUAUUGUCUGAAUAUACAGGCCAAUUAUUGUUUCUGAUUGGUGAGGAAUUGAGAAGUGACGUAUCGUUCAUGGUAAGAUUGCUUAGUCUUAAUCAGUUAUUGUUUUUUCAAUAUUUGUUUUCUUUUGGAGAAGAAUCUUUCAGAAAUCUAUGUGAUGAGUAUCAACAUGAGGAUCAGUUUAUUUGGUGUCUCAAUGGAUUGUUCGGCAUUUUCGAAGAUAACAUUAAUGGAGCACUGAAAUAUUUUCAACUUGCUGCAGAAAAAGACAAUGCGUCUGCUGAACACUUCCUCGGUAUAAUGUACCAUAAAGGACAAGUUGUGGAACAGGAUUUUUGUAAGGCUUUUGAAUGGUUUGGUAAAUCAGCUGAAAAAGGAUAUCCAGAAGCUCAAUUCUCGAUUGGGUUAAUGUAUUAUCACGGAGAAUAUGUUUCAAAAAAUAAGGAAAGAGAAUUUUAUUGGAUUUAUAGAGCUGCUGAGCAAGGACAUGUUAAGGCUGAAAGUUCUAUUGCUUGUCUUUAUUAUGCUCAGGAAGAAUAUUCCAAAUCAUUUGAGUGGUAUUUGAAAGCAGCUGAAAAAGGAGAUUCAGAUUCUCAAUUUGAAAUAGGUUCACUGUAUCACAAAGGAUUGGGAAUACCAAAAGAUUUUACAAAUGCCUUUAGUUGGUAUUCGAAAGCUGCAGAACAUGGUCAUUCGAAAGCUCAAAAUAAUAUUGGAGUAUUGUAUCAAACAGGACAAGGUAUUCCACAAAAUUAUUCCAAAGCACUUGAAUGGUUCAUGAAAUCAGCUGAGAAUAAUGAUACAGAUGCCAUGAAUUUUAUUGGACUGAUAUAUCAAGAAGGCCAAGGAGUUCCACAAGACAACAUCACAGCAUUCGAAUGGUUUCUAAAAGCAGCCGAAUGUGGCAAUGUACAAUCUCAAAUACUUGUCGCUACCAUGUAUCAUCAUGGUAUUGGAGUGGAGCAAAACUUGUAUGAUGCACUGAAAUGGUAUGAAAAAGCUGCAGGAGGAACUCAGAAUAAUUCAAAAGCUGAUUCCAAAGAAAUUGAGAAUUGAGAAUUGAUUACAACAAAUACUUCAUUCAGAAUAAUUAUAUUUUAAUUGUUCAAAGAUUUAUUGAAUAUAAUUAUCACAGUAGUUGGUUUUU